AUGCAGAGGCCUCCUCGGCGCGACUCGAGACAAAGCUCCAUGGUGCCGGCCGCCUUUAAGACCCGCGAUCCCGUGGCAGCGCUUGAAAAUUAUCGCAAACUGCAUUCGCGGAGGCCACUGACAGUGGAGGCUUGUAGGGCAACCAAGGUCGUCCCGGUCAGAGGACGCGAGGACGGACGUCUUCCGCGGUCACUGCAGGCGCGCGGACACGAUUGCUUGGCCGUCCUCUUUGUAUGCGGCAUGUCUGCGUAUUGCAGGACUGGCCGCACCCCCUUCGGAGAAUAUACUAGGUACCUCCGGCUGAUGGUUUCUCUGUCUACUCGAGCCCUCGUCCUCGCCUGCGUCUCCCGCGAACAAUCCGUCUGCCCCCUGCUACCAGUAAUCCUCGCAUCCACGCGUCUCACGCUGAUCACGGUUACACCCAGCAUCCGUCCUUCAGUACCUUCGCGGUAUGAGCAGCGUGGGUCAAAAGCUUUCGCGGUGCAUCCUCGGAGCCUCAACAGCCUGCACGUCGCGCGCGGAACGGCAGACGCGUCUCUGGCACGUCUUGUGCGACACGACACCGUCUGGGUAAAUUGUGCACGUCCCUGGAUCAAACGAUCAAGGACGCGUGUUUGGGCGCAGCGUGGUUGUCGCAUGGGGCACCUUCGUGGACCAUGGCUCAGAUCCAACCAUCAACACGAACACGGAUGGGCGAAGUGUCUCUUGGCUGAACUGUUUGCGACGCUGCAGCCGAAGACCUCCGGCCCUACGCCCUUACCGCGCAUAUAUACCGAACUUGUACGCCACCCCCCGAACGUCUCGCGAGGUCGUCUCCGCUCAACGAAUCCCACCGUUUACGUCACGCCCAGCGAGAGUCUCUUGCGGCUGAGCAGCGGGGGCACCGCGCUCCCUGUUUGUCGGUUCGGUACACGACUUACGGGCGUCCUCCGACCCCUACACAAAUCGAGUAGAGGGAACGUCUGCAUCGAUCGCCGCCCACCGGGGAAGUCACCACUUGCGAAGGACAGUCCUGGCCUCACCAUCGCGAUGGGACGUGCACCUAUAUGCAACCGCGGACUCGUAUCUGUGCUGUCGCUUUCCCGCUCUGCCGUAUACAUAUCAGUGGAUUGUGUCCCCCGUCUCAAUGUUGAUGCUGUCUCCGGGCCUAACAGAGAUGACUCGUUCGCCGUGCUCAUGUCUUUAGGGCGCAUUGCCAGCACUACCGAAGGGAACUGUGCCACAGAAGAACCCUCAGCGAGGCGAGAUGUCCGCUCUACUGACACACUCGCUACGUGGCUCAUGCGUCGAUGUACGGCACUGCGACUCGCGUCGCAAACCAAACGCAAGAGCAACUCUGCUCUUCGCCGUCGUAGCGACCAGGACAAUGAAUUAACGGUCUCAGCCCUGACGCGCGAGCCUAAGAGUGGCUAUGACCGAGGGUUAUCCGCACCGCGGCGACAAACAAGUGAAGCAUUUUCGAUAAAUACGGGAAUCCGAGUCGCCAUACAACGGUACCCUCUCUCAUUACCGCUCUCUCCGCAUGUUUCUUCCUUCACCCCACAAUGUCCAAUGCCGUUCUUCUUCGGCUAUGAUAUAUGA